UAGUGAAGAAUAUACUCUGACAGAAACAAAAAUCAAAAUCCUACAUUCCCUGUAGAACACCUUUGUUUCUCUCAAUACUUUGUUUUGGACAUACAGCAAUUGAAAUCCAGCAAAUUUUUCAGAUUGCUAUUGGAUUUCCAAUAGGAUAUGGCCAAGUGUUGCAGCUUCACUGCAUCAAGAAACAGGUGCUUCAAAUACUCUUUUUCAAAUUCAGGCUUAAAAUCUUCCACAAAAGACUUAGGUGAUGGCACUAUUAUGCAUUGCUGGAUACCCAAAACACACAAAGAAAAAAAACCCAAUUUGAUUCUCAUUCAUGGAAUUGGAGCCAAUGCAAUGUGGCAAUGGAGUGAAUUCAUCACACCCUUAUCAUCAAAAUUCAAUCUUUAUGUCCCUGACUUGUUGUUUUUUGGUGAAUCUUAUACUACUAGGCCUGAAAGAACUGAACAUUUUCAGGGUCAGUGUGUUAUGAGGACUAUGGAGGGUUAUGGGGUUAAGAAAAUGAUAGUUGUGGGGUUGAGUUAUGGUGGUUUUGUGGGGUAUAGUAUGGCUGCUCAGUUCCCUGAUGCAGUGGAGAAAUUGGUUUUAGGAUGUUCUGGUGUUUGCCUUGAGGAAAAAGAUAUGGAAAAUGGGAUGUUUCAAGUGAAGAGUGUAGAGGAAGCUGUUUCAGUUUUGUUGCCACAGAGUCCUGAGAAGUUGAGGCAGUUGAUGAAAUUGUCAUAUUAUAAGCCUGCCAAGAAUGUUCCUUCUUGUUUCCUCAAUGAUUUUAUCGAUGUAAUGUGCACAGUUAAUCAUCAAGAAAGAAAGGAGUUGAUAGAAACAUUAUACAACAACAGAAAGUUCACUGAUCUUCCUAAGAUUACUCAGCCCACAUUGAUACUAUGGGGAGAAUAUGAUCAGAUAUUCCCACUGGAAUUGGCUAACAGAUUAAAAAGGCAUUUAGGCGAGAAUGCCCAACUCGCGAUAAUAAAGGAUGCAGGGCAUGCAAUUAACAUGGAGAAACCGAGGGAGCUUUACAAACACUUGAAGUCAUUCCUUCUUGAGUCUCACCCUCAUACUAAGCCGGACAGUAAUGGCAAUAGUGACAAACUAGAUUAAAAAGAAUAAAGAAGACAUUACAUUGGAGGAGUUUUUCUGGUAAUUUGAUGAAUCUCUUGGCUACGUAACUUCAUUGCAUUAUUUGUCACCUGAUUCUUGCAAUCUCCUGGGGCCUAUUCAUGUGUUCACCUGCACAGAGUAUUUGUUCUUUGAAGGUAGUUACCUGAAGGGAACAAUACGAUCCUGGAUAUUCUCCCUUCCAUUAGUAAGUUAUUUAGACUUAAAAGUUUUAAGUUGCAAGGUCCUCUUCCCGAGUCAAUUCAAAACCUUAUGAACCUAACACGACUUGAUCUUUCAUCAAAUAAUUUUAGUGGCAAUGUGGUUAAAACUCAGUCUAAAUAACUUAGUGAUGGCAGGGAGAAUAUCCAAGAUGGUAUCAUUCCAUUCAGGGAGUUACCUUUAAGGAACAAAUACUCUAUGUGGGUGUGAUUCAAAAGAGAUUCAUGAAUAGGCCCUGACAGAUUGCAAGAAUCAAAUGGGAAAUAAUGCAAUGAAGUUAGAUAGCUAAGAGAUUCAGUCACAUUAUAAGAAAAAUUCAUUCUAGAGAAUAUACUUAUUUUAUUCUAGAGUUAUUUAGUUUAUUUUUGUUGGGUAAGCUCUCAACCAUUGGUGAAGCAUUAUAGAAAAGUUGAUAGAGAUGCAGAAAACAUAAUCAAUCCGGACCUAAGGAUAUCUGAAAGGUUUAUACCCCACUACAGUCCUCUGCUCUACUAACUGAGCUAAGGUAGUUGCUGUUGAUUCUUUCCAAUGCUAUGGUUUUAAGAACAUUAUAGAAUGUCUAUCUUGUUGUGUUCCAAGAAUGAAUUUCUAGUCAAAGCUACUGAUGAAUUUUGUUCACCAGUUGUAUGGAGUUACGCGAUGAGCAUUUUUUUCCGUAUAGUAAUAUUUUUUUUUUUUUGGGAGCUCAUGCUAAUACCUUGAAAAUGGUUUCGUUGUUGCUUGAUCUUGCUUGUACCUUGGAAUCUUGUUAACAUUUUAAGGUGAACUUAGUGAGUUCCAAGAGUGAAUUUCGUCUUCCAUCUCCAUUUUAAAAAAUAUGAAGUUGAGGAAGAAACUUUUGAAGCUGUUUAUAAGAUGUUUGGUGACUUAUCUACCUUUUGGACUGAAGUGUA